AAGACAAGAUGGAAGAAAGCAGGGGCCCCAAGACAACAAUGUUUUGGCUAUAAAACCUAAAAAGAACGAGAAAGGGAAGAAAAUACGAACGUUUAAUGCAAAUAGCGGUCAUGUGUAGGACAUCCCCACCAGGCCCCAUUUAGUGUUUCCCCUUUCUACACGUGCUGACCAACCAUGAGUAUUAUCCAAGACAAGCUAGGCAACGAGUUUCUGCGAGGCAAUGGGGGCAUGGACCCAAACUUUGCCCCCGGCAUGCUUAUGUUCAGCCACCUGCCGCCCGUCACCAGCUUCACCCGCCUGGCCUCGCAGUCGGUCAUGGGGGGCGACCUGCCACAGGAGAUGAUCCUGAAGAAGGAGCGCGACUCGCCACCCAACGCCCACGGCUUCCUCCACGGCAUGGGCAUCAAGCAAGAGCGGAUGAGCGAGCUGGACUACCGCAUGCCCCUUUAUAGCGGAGCUGGCGGGGGAGGAGGAGGGCUGGGUGGCAGCUGUGGCGGAGGGGGCGUGGGGAAGGGCAACGAGAUGCUGGAGAUGCAGUUUGGUGGAGGCCACCACCACAACCAUCAGAACAUGCUUCUGCACGACCUCAGUCUCGGCAAUGUCCGAAUGGGAGAGCCGAUGUCUGGAAGACCAGAGAAAGGGUCGAAAGAGACGUCGGGAAGAAGACGGAAGAGCAACAGUGAUGGGGAGGGGAAAGCCAGAAGAAAACGUGGAGAAGCCAAGGCCAUGAUGUUGGACGGCGAGGGGACCGGCCUCUCUCCCAACUCCAAACCGCACAUCUGCGAGCACUGCAACGCUGCCUUCCGCAGCUCCUAUCACCUCCGUAGACACGUGCUCAUCCACACAGAUCGCACAGGUGAGAGGCCUUUCCGGUGCAGUCAGUGUAACAUGAGCUUUAUCCAGAAGUACCUGCUGCAGCGGCACGAAAAGAUCCACAGUGGAGAGAAGCCCUUCAGCUGUGACCAGUGUAACAUGUGCUUCAUCCAGAAGUACCACAUGGAGCGACACAAGAGGACCCACAGCGGAGAGAAGCCAUACAGAUGUGACACCUGCCAACAGUUUUUCUCGAGGACAGACCGGUUACUGAAGCACAAGCGGACCUGCGGAGAAGCCAUAAAGAAGGGCCCGGACCCCAGCAUGUUGGAGCUUGCCCACGGGGACAUGGGCCAGGGCAACUACUCACUCACUCAGGGAAACGCUACCGCCACCUCUGCAUGCAAGAGGGGCAAGUCCAAAAACGCAGGCGAGGGCGGUGAUCGUAAGCGUAAGAAGGCUGCUGCCACCACCGCGUCGUCCGGGGGCCUGCAGGACUACGGAAUGGAGUGUUCCGACCCCAGCCUGCAGGGCCGCACACCCAAGCUGGUGUUCAAGAAGGCAAAGAAGGGCCUCGUCCCCAUGGAGGACGGGGGGCCGAAGCUCCUGUCUCAGAAGCAGGGCUCCAUGGAGCUGGCGGGGGGCUCUGGGCUAGAUGCCAUGGUCCUCCUCCAGGGCUCCUCCAGCGGCGGGGCAAAACGAGGCCCAUCAGCCACAAGCAACAACUACGAUGACGCCAUGCAGUUUGUGAAGAAGCGGCGCUACCUCCAACACGUGGCCAGCAACGACUAUGCGGCGCCCUCCCUCCACAUGGGCCAGACCCAUGCCAGCAGCGUGAUCCAAGGCUCGCUGGGACACCACAACGAGCCCACUCUCACCAUGCUGGACACUUCGCCCCUGGACCUCAAGCACCACGACAAGUCGGUCAUCCCGGACGAAGUGCUCCAGAGCCUGCUGGACCACUACAGCCACAAGUCUGAUGGCACGCACCACCACCACCACGACGUGACCUUUGACCUCUCGGACCACAGUGUCCCGCACCACGUGACCCUGCAGCCAGCGGCCCCUGUCACCCCAGAGCUGGACGACGACUCGCCCAGCGGCGGCGACAAGCAGGUGGUCAUGAGUGAGUACUCCAAGUUCCUUCUGCAGGCCCUGGAGCGCACCAGCCACAGCGGGCCCUUCUCCACGCUGGGACCCAGCGGGCCCUUCCCUUUGCUCUCCAGCCCUACGGGGCCCCUCUUCUCCGAUAAGCAUGUCUACACUACAUCUCCGCUGGAGUGCGGCUACCCGCCCGCCGACUCCUCGCCACUGCCCAUCCCCUCCAUCUCUUCUUCUUCCUCCUCCUUGUCUUCCUCUAAGUCCCACUACAGCAUGGUGGUGGGCUCCCCCUCCCAGCCGGCCUUCCACCUCAGUGGCCUGGAGGCGGCUGGCCACCAGCAGCUCAUCCCCUCUCAGGAGCUCACAGAGCAGCUGGAGAAGCAGCACCACUCUCCUGCGUUCCAGCUCACGCCCCAGGAGCUGACGGCCGCCGGUGGAGCCCCCAAGGAGCAGGGGGCCAAGGGCAACGGGAGAAACGGCAGCUACUCCGACCUGGACACGCCCAAGGAAAUGGACCUGCGGGCCACCUACCAGAUCGAGAACUUCGCCCAGGCCUUUGGUUCCCAAUUUAAGUCGGGCCGCCGCACCCCGCUGGGCUACGGCACUGGGGCCGAGGUCGACCACCGAAUACGAACUCCUGUGUCAGAAUUCUCAGGGUAUACCAGUUUGUUAGCUGACGUCAGCGAGCCAGUAAGUACAGGAUCGAAAACCCCAACAAGCCAAAGUUUCAGGUAAGGGUUAAAACGAGGUGAACCUAGUUGCGGGUCUUGUGUUUUUCUUUGUGUCCCUAUACCCUUCUACAUUUUGUUCUUGUAGCAAGGUCAAUUUAUUUUUUAAACACUGCCAUUAAAUGUUGAUAACGAGAACUCUACCAGGGGAAGGUCUUCAAGGCCUCAAAUGCAAUUUUUUAUAUUCCUUUUUUUUAAAUCUGUAUUUUGUCUUUAUUUUGUUAGCGUAGUUGGUAUGAUAUGAACGUAAACGUAGAUUUUAAUGUAAUUUAAACUGAAAAAUUAGGGGUUAGAUAAGCUUGAUGAUUUUUCUUUGAACUCUUGUUUUACCAAACAUCAUACAGUUGUAAAGUAAUGAUGAAUGAUGUUAAUAAUUUCAAUAAUAUUACGUUUGUGGCAGGGAAAGGCCCAGAAUUCAAAUGGCAAAAAAAGUUCUAUAUUGUCUGUUACUAGAAUCGUAUUACUCAGGUAUUAAGGCAAAAUUGUGUAAUAAUAAUAAAAACUUUGUAUUAUGAGAUGCAAUUAGCACACUUUUUUAAGUGUGCUUUGAGACUACAAAGCUUUGUUACUAUUUAUCCCUCGAGGAGCAGGGGAACAAAAAGACAAAACAAAUUCAGCGGAUCUUCCUGUUCAGUUUUCUUCGCCAUUGAACAACCCUUUCCUCUACGUGUAGCUGUGUAGAGAUUACGGUACUUCUGUGUCAAUGUGAAAAUGACCGUUCCCAUUUCCUCCCCGUAAAGGGCCACAUGUAAAACACACGCCGACGCGGAUAUUUAUACACUCAAGAACUCGUAGUGCACACAGUCCAGGCUCAAUGGAAAGAGGUUUCAAUCCGCAAACCUUUUUUGUUUAUAAACAGUGUCAAGUGAUGUUUGUCUAGGCCAUGCACCUUUUGGAUGGCCCCUUCAGUGGCCCGUGACAAGGAAAUGUGCUGGCCCCGUUGGCGAGGUUUCAACAACUGUUGUCGCUCAUUUUUACUGGGUUCCACUCCACUCCUGGCUGUUAACUACUUCUUGUUUUUUGUCAGUGGAAAUCAAACAAGCACUUUGAAAAACAAAAUUGUCAUUGAAAACUGAAAACAUCCCAACUCAAUUAAGGAUGUGCAAAACCAAGUGAUUAUUCUUUUUUAUUUUAUUAGAGGAGAGAACUGUGA